GUUCCACGCGGGGACUCGUCCAGCAAAUCUAUAAUCCCCGAAUCGUCUUAUCUAUCAUUCACUGCACUUGCAAUCGGCAGACCAAUCAGAGCCCAUACCGACAUCAGCAUUUCGGCAUACCGUCCACUGUAUUAGGUAUCCAUCCACCACAUACCCAACCAUUUCCUACUCGGGUUACCAGGAUCAAUCAUUGGAUAUCCAACUCCUGAUAUCAACACCUAUUUUGACCUGCCCUUUUGGCAUACUUCUACUCCCUGAAGCAUCUUCCCAUUUUUCUUUUCUGAAAAGGAAGGAAAACUCUCAUACAGAAGCACCAUGGAAACACCCAGGAGACCCCAGGUUCUUCGGGUCGCCACCUCGCCCCCUGAUUGGCCUUGUGCCAGCACCGUCGCAAACCAGUCUUCCCCAUCCAUGACAGUCGCAGUUCCCAUCACGCCGCCACUGACUCCCUCACGAUCAACUCAAUCGGUUCCAGAAUCGACGGAAUGCCCAACAGAGCCACCCAGAUUGGCCCUCUCGGGAUCUGGCAUAGAUUCAACAAUAUCAGGAAAUCACUAUCUGGAUUUCAACGUCGUCGAAACCGAGCCCAAGGCAUUUCCAUACCUUAUCACCGACUAUUCCUACAACAGGAAGAACAAAUUGGGACAAGGCGCUUGGAGUGAUGUAUACCUCGCGGAUCCAUCUCCCUCACAAGCAACUUCAUCAAACGUUCUGGGUCCAAAAAAUGGGAUAGAAGCGACACCUCCAUUGACCCCGACCAAGCGGGAACGGUCCGCUUUUCCACCAGUCGUACCCAAGGCAUACGCUAUCAAAGUGCCAGCCAUGCGCUCUGCGAAGGCAGUUCUCGAAUCAGAAGCCCGUGUCCUAUCUUACCUGUCCCGAGAUCCGCGUUCUCGGGACCAUAUCGUCACAUUCCAUGGACUCGACACGAGAAACGGUGCACUGGUCCUCAAGGCGAUGUCCAAAUCACUGGAAUCCUGGAUUGAUGAAGAUCUGAACAACGCUACCGAAUUCGCUCGGUCCAAGAUGCUUGCUGAUAUGUUUCCUCGCGUGGCUGGGAGAUUACUGAAAGGGUUGUCAUGGCUGGCUUGGCGUGGAUGCACACAUGGCGACAUAAAGCCAGCCAACAUCUUGAUAUCGUUUGGGUCUGGGUCUGGGUCCGAGUCUGAAUCCACUACCACAGCAAUGGAGGUCGUGUAUACCGACUUCUCGUCUGCCACUCUUUCCCACCCUGCCAGGUCCUCGACCCCCAUCACUGCCGCCCAGUCCGGCGCAGGAACAUGGGAUUACCUCAGUCCUACCCUCCUAUCCUCUAUCACGCCUCACAAGCCUUCCCCCGAGACCGAUCUGUGGUCGCUGGCCAUGACGCUGCUUGUACUUGUGCUCGGCCGUUCGCCGUUCAGCUGCGCGCCGAGUACAACCCUCAAGCGGGAUUUCAUAAGGAAAGGAAACCCGCUGUUGUACAUGACUUACGGCGAUGAUGCGGCCUCGAAUCGCGACAGGAUGAACAGUCUGUCACAGGCUCUGGGCUUCAAUGUGCGGAAGUGGUUCGAGUGCGUGUUGUCGUCGAAUAGGGAUGUGUAUGUCCCUAGCGCCGAUGAAUGGAGGCGUGAGCUCGAGUGCGGAAUCUCUCUCUGAACUACGGGCGGAUAGGACGAGGCAUCAAGUUCGCUCGCUGUCUGCCUCUUUCUCUUCGACUUUAUCCUUUAUGGUUCGGUGUUAACGGUGUAUGGCUCCUUCGAAGCCCUUUCCUCUUCCUACUUCUUCUCCUUUCCUCAUCUAUUUUAUCGGGGUUCUCUGUGGAUUCGGACAUUCGCUAUAUACCCAAUACCCAAUACCCGUUCUUAUCAUACAAAAAAUGGUGGAUCAUGCUGAAAUAUAGAGCUUUUGUAAUAAGUACACGCGUGCAG